UUCAUCAAAAAUAUCACUCUUGUGAGUAGGCUACAAAACACGAGGUUUGGGUAGAUUGUUCUAGUAACUUGGAGUUGAAAUUAUUAGUGAGAAAAUGGCGAUGCAUGUACCAAAAGCUCCGGGAUUUUCGCAGAUGUUAAAAGAAGGAGCACGGCACUUCCAUGGCUUGGAAGAAGCAGUGUUCCGAAAUAUUGAGGCAUGCAAACAGCUAACUCGGACUGUCCGAAGUGCUUAUGGGCCCAGAGGAAUGAACAAGAUGAUCAUUAAUCACUUAGAAAAGCUCUUUGUUACAAGCGAUGCAGCAACUAUCAUCAAAGAACUUGAGGUACAACAUCCAGCAGCUAAGAUGAUGGUUUUAGCUUCCCAGAUGCAAGAACAAGAAGUUGGUGAUGGGACUAAUUUUGUUAUCAUCCUUGCUGGGGCUCUGUUAGAAUGUGCAGAGGAGUUGAUCAGAAUGGGUCUAACUCCUGUAGAAGUGGCUGAAGGAUAUGAAAUGGCAGGCAAAAAAAUCUUGGAUUUAUUACCAACUCUGACAUGUGGGGAGAUUAAGGAUUAUAAAAAUGUGGACGAAGUGACUCGUGGAAUCAGGGCUGCAGUGAUGAGCAAACAAUAUGGAAAUGAGGAUUUCUUAGCACAGCUAAUUGCCAAAGCUUGCAUUAGUCUAUUCAUAAGCAGUUCUCAGUUCAAUAUACUUGAUUUUUUGUCACAGGGAGCAGGAGUUUACAAGUCUGAAGUUGUGCAAGGCAUGGUAUUUAAACGACAAAUAGAAAGUAACAUUACCAAGGCUACCAGUGCUAAAGUGGCUGUAUAUACCUGCCCGAUAGAUUCUGUGCAGACAGAGACCAAAGGCACAGUUUUAAUUAACACUGCUGAAGAAUUGAUGAACUUUUCAAGAGGAGAGGAAAGCUUAUUGGAAAAGCAAAUUAAAGCUAUUGCAGAUGUUGGUGUUACUGUAGUGGUAGCAGGUGGUAAAAUUGGAGACAUGGCUCUUCAUUACCUUAAUAAAUACGGCCUUAUGGGAGUUCGACUGAUGUCCAAGUUUGAUGUUAGGCGUUUAUGUCGAACAGUUGGUGCAACAGCACUACCUAAAAUGACAGCUCCAACUCCUGAAGAAGUGGGAUUCUGUGAUUUGGUGUAUGUUGAUGAAAUAGGAGAAACUCCUGUAGUUGUUUUUAAACAAGAGAGUAAAGAAUCUCGUAUUUCAACUAUUGUGGUUCGGGGAUCAACUGACAAUUUAAUGGAUGACAUUGAGCGAGCUAUUGAUGAUGGAGUCAACACAUUUAAAGCAAUCACUAGGGAUGGAAGGUUACUACCUGGAGCAGGAGCUAUAGAAAUUGAACUUGCUAAAGAGAUAGCAUCAUAUGGAGAGACACUGCCAGGAAUUGAACAAUAUCCAACUAAAAAGCUAGCUGAAGUUUUAGAAGCCUUACCAAAAGCUUUAGCUGACAAUGCAGGAGUUGAGUCUACUGAACUUAUCUCCAAGCUUCACGCUGCUCAUCACGAAGGAAAGAAAAAUGUGGGUCUUGAUAUAGAGAGUGAUAACAACUCUGUGAAAGAUGCUGUGGCUGCUGGUAUAACUGACCUGUAUCUUACCAAAUUCUGGGGGAUUAAAUAUGCUCUCAAUGCUGCCUGUACCAUUCUUAGAGUGGAUGAGAUUAUCAUGGCAAAGCCUGCAGGUGGACCCAAACCAAAAUCUGGAGGAGGAGACAUGGAUGAAGAUUAAAGCUAAUCCUCAUUAGUCCUGAAGCCUAUCUAUUUCAUUUUCUGUACCUUCAUCAUUUUGCAUUUAUUACUUACUAUGUAACCUGUCCAAUAAUGGUAACUGCUAUCAAUGUAUGCAACUCACAUAAUUAACUCACAAGUUAUUGGGUGUUUUUAUGAUUUAAAUAAAUGCUACAGCUGACAAAACAUAA